UACUUUAGGAGUUCAUCGCGCUUUCUCCUCUGAGUGUGGACAUAGAGUUAGUGUCCCUCAGCACAUUUUGACACAAAAGGAGAAGAUCAAGUUGCUGGAGAGAGCUGCUGUUUUCUCGGGGACGAGUUACUUCACACUUUGCCAGAAUGCAUGUGCUUAAGCGAGAUGGACGCCAGGAGCGCGUCAUGUUCGAUAAAAUCACCUCCCGAAUCCAGAAGCUGUGCUACGGGCUGAACUCUGACUUUGUGGAUGCGACCCAGAUUACGAUGAAGGUGAUUCAGGGUUUGUACAGCGGCGUCACCACCGUGGAGCUCGACACGCUGGCCGCUGAGAUCACCGCCACCCUCACAACCAAACACCCCGACUACGCCAUCCUCGCCGCACGUAUCGCAGUCUCUAACCUGCACAAAGAGACGAAGAAGGUGUUUAGCGAGGUGAUGGAGGACCUGUACAACUACAUCAACCCAUUAAAUAAACGCCACUCUCCCAUGAUCUCCAAGGCGACGCUUGACCUCGUCCUCGCGAACAAAGACCGCCUCAACUCGGCCAUCAUCUUCGACAGAGAUUUCUCCUACAACUUCUUCGGUUUCAAGACUCUGGAGCGAUCCUACCUGUUGAAGAUCAACGGCAAAGUGGCGGAGCGUCCGCAGCACAUGCUCAUGAGAGUGUCUGUGGGGAUCCACGGGACGGACAUCGAAGCUGCCAUCGAGACCUACAACCUGCUGUCAGAGAAGUGGUUCACCCACGCAUCCCCGACGCUCUUCAACGCAGGCACCAACAGGCCUCAGCUGUCCAGCUGCUUCCUGCUCGCCAUGAAGGACGACAGCAUCGAAGGCAUUUACGACACGCUGAAGCAAUGCGCCCUCAUCUCCAAAUCAGCGGGAGGGAUCGGAGUGGCCGUCAGCAACAUCAGAUCAACGGGGAGCUACAUCGCCGGCACCAACGGCAACUCCAACGGGCUCGUCCCCAUGCUGAGGGUUUAUAACAACACGGCGCGUUAUGUCGACCAGGGUGGCAACAAGAGACCUGGAGCCUUCGCCAUGUACCUGGAGCCCUGGCACUUUGACGUGUUUGACUUCCUGGAGCUGAAGAAAAACACGGGAACGGAAGAGCAGAGAGCCAGAGACCUUUUCUACGGCCUGUGGAUCCCCGACCUGUUCAUGAGGAGGGUGGAGAGCAACGAGGACUGGUCCCUGAUGUGUCCCAGCGAGUGCCCCGGGCUGGAUGAGUGCUGGGGGGAGGAGUUUGAGAAGCUCUACACCUCGUUUGAGAAGGAGGGGCGGGUGAAGCGUGUGGUGAAGGCUCAGCAGGUGUGGCACGCCAUUAUCGAGUCCCAGACAGAAACGGGUACGCCGUACAUGCUGUACAAAGACGCCUGCAACAGGAAGACCAACCACCAGAACCUGGGCACCAUCAAGUCCAGCAACCUGUGCACAGAAAUCAUCGAAUACACCAGCCACGACGAGGUGGCUGUCUGCAAUCUGGCAUCCAUCGCUCUCAACAUGUACGUCACCCCUGAGAAGACAUUUGACUUUAAAAAACUAGAACAAGUCACCAAAGUGAUCGUGAAGAACUUGAACAAGAUCAUCGAAAUUAACUUCUAUCCCGUGCCUGAGGCGGAGAAAUCCAACAAGCGCCACCGGCCGAUUGGAAUUGGCGUACAGGGUCUCGCCGACGCCUUCAUCCUCAUGCGUUUCCCGUUUGAAAGCCCCGAGGCUCAGCUGCUCAACAUCCAGAUCUUUGAGACCAUUUACUACGCCGCCCUGGAGGCGAGCUGUGAGGCGGCCGCUGAGCACGGCCCCUACGAGACGUACGAGGGCUGCCCCGUCAGCAAAGGCAUCCUGCAGUACGACAUGUGGGACAAGACCCCCACCGACCUGCUGGACUGGAAGCUGCUGAAGGAGAAGAUCGCCAAGCACGGCAUUCGGAACAGCCUGCUGCUGGCCCCCAUGCCCACCGCCUCAACAGCUCAGAUCCUGGGCAACAAUGAGUCCAUCGAGCCCUACACCAGCAACAUCUACACCCGCAGGGUGCUCUCCGGAGAGUUCCAGAUCGUUAAUCCCCACCUGCUCAAAGACUUGACGGAGAAGGGGCUGUGGAGCGAGGAGAUGAAGAACCAGCUGAUCGGGCACAACGGCUCCAUUCAGGACAUUGAUGGGAUUCCAGAUGACAUCAAGCAGCUGUACAAAACCGUUUGGGAAAUCUCGCAGAAGACCAUACUCAAGAUGGCUGCCGAUCGCGGCGCCUUCAUCGACCAGAGCCAGUCCCUGAACAUCCACAUCGCUGAGCCGAACUACGGCAAGCUGACCAGCAUGCACUUCUACGGCUGGAAACAAGGUCUGAAGACAGGGAUGUACUACCUGAGGACGAAGCCGGCUGCCAACCCCAUCCAGUUCACGCUGAACAAGGAGCAGCUGAAGGAGUCCCAGAAGGACUCGGAGGAGGUGAAGGAGCUUAACCUCGCUGCCAUGGUGUGCUCUCUGGAGAACAGAGACGACUGCCUGAUGUGUGGGUCCUGAACGCCUCACAGUCCUGAUGUUAUACACCUGUAACUACUCCAGAAACUUGAGCAAUUAUCUGAACACACGAUGUAUAGAAAUUUAUUUUAGUGUUCUGUCGACUCUCUUUAUGUCCAAUAUUAACUAAAAUAUGUUUUCUUUAUGUUGGAACUCAAAAUGUAUUUGUAAUAAAAAUGUUUUACAUGCAA